AUGGUGCGCACCACUUCCAACACGGGCCCGCCGAAUCAUGAUCCGCGACUCGGCCCACCCCGCGGCGCCGCCAAUCCGGACUUUCCCGGCGGAGUAUCACGAGGAAAUAUCCCCCCUUCCCAUAUCCAAAAUGGAAAUCUGCGUUCCUGAUUUGUGGCCACAAAUCAGCUUCGUCUUGCAACAUGGCAGUGCCAGAGGUGUCUGUCGCAAUGCUCGGCUGAUUCCUAAUGGUGUUGGACCUUCAUGGCAGCCACUUGUUAUGCAAAACAGCUAUGCCGACGCAGAGACACCCCAACUCAGUUUUGUGAUCUGCCUUGCCUGCAUUUCCUUGAUGCAAGACACAGCUGUAUAAGUACGCAAAUCGAGCCCCACAAGUUUCCUUCUCAAUGUGGGGAGGGAGGAUUUUUCCUCACAAUACGAAGGAGGCGGUUACCAGAGGCGCGGUCCGCCGCCAACGCGUUGGAACGUGGAUCAAUUGGUGCAGGCCACGAUCCGUCUGAUGGGCCUCAACCACAGCAUGGUCCGCGAUAUCCUGAUCCAGAUCUGCAUCUUAGUCGCCGGUUUGAUCUUUGUCCUCUCCGGUGACCUCGGGUCCGCCGGAAUCUGCCUGCUGCUCUACUACACCUGGUUAUCGAAGAAAAAAAGUUCGUCACGAUCCCUCAUGCGCAUUCUUGCAAUACAAAAUUUUUUGUCAUGCGUAAAAAUGCAUCACAGCCAAACUCUAUUAGGGAUUUCCCUAGUGUUUCUGCAAUACAAGAAAAGUUUGUGAUGCUGAGAAAAUUUGUAAUGCAAAGCACGCAGGUUAGUGAGUGACUGUGACGAACUUUUUUCUCUCCAUACUGGUAUCUAUCUUCGCGGUUCUUGUUUUUUGUUGAGGGGGAGGAAAGGAUGGAGCCGAAGCAUUGACAACUUUUUAUGUAAGGUCAUUUUUUUUUAUGUAAGUACUAAAAUCACGACCAGGAAGAAAAAGUCCGAAGGAAGCACCUCUCCACUGCCGAAAUGAGCUGAGGGUCACACGAUGAUGAAAGAACUACUCUAACAGGUACUUGUACUUGCAGCUAACCUACGGCCUCGCACGGCAUCUGUUUGAUCCCCCGCCGCCCGGACAGGGAUUACGCGCUCCCCUGCUCACGGAGUCCGAACGCCAACAGUACGCCCAACAGGACCAGGACCAAGCCUCGGAGCAACCCCCGACCCAGCCUACCCAGCCGCAUCCCCCCUCUGACACGACCGAGCCCGCUGCCCCCAACCUACCCUUCCCUACCAACGGCAAUCCUGCAGUCACCGCGACUAAUACUGUGUAGGUGUGAAGAUGUAAAAUGCUCGAACGUUUCUCUUCGCAGCUAUGCAUAACUAGAAAAUCAAUGAAAAUGAAUCACCUCCAGCUGUAUAUCUUUCGCGACGACACCAGACGCAGAAGAAACGGCGCGCCUCCUGCAAUUCUAUCAAAUCUUCAGAUUAGGGAACGAAGCACGUUAAUCAUGAUCUCGAGAAAGGGAACCAAAAGCUGCCAUUGCUUAAAAUAUAUGUUUUCUGCUUGCUAGUGGAACAUACACAAAGCAUCUGGCAUGACUUAAUGCCUUCUUAUCUUUUCAAAACUUUUCUUUGACCUUUGCAUAUGCUUGUUGCUCUCUGAUAUGAGAGUGCUUCCGUGGCUUUUUGUGAUUUUUUGUACAACCCACGAGCUACGUUUGAAGAGUAAGUUGUGUGUGUAGAUUUCUUGUUCACUGUGUCCCCAAAGAUUUUCCAUAUUUUGGCAUGGUGCCACUUUAUUCACUCGUGUAAGUAGUGUUGACAUGUACGAUACUCUUGUUUGAUUGCUCUCCUCUUCUGAUUCCUUCUCUUUCUUUGAAGGGGAAGAUCAGACGAUUUAUUGCACGAAAAUAAAUUUAUCGAACUUUUCAUAGUUUCUGGACGACAAGCAUUAGCAUACUUCGCGGUUACACGGAACCAUUCACAAUGUAUGCUUUUGGUGCUGCGACAGCCACUACCCUUUUUCCGUCUGACGUUUUCAACAGUGGCAACAGGUGCAACUACGACAGAAACAGAAAGCAUUGCAACGAGUUAC